CCGCUCGGUUCGUGGCGCGAUCGAUGGUCUUGGUUGGUCUGGUCUCCCGAUUUGAACCGAUCCGAUGUGUUAUUUUCACCGCUUGCAUAUUCAUUACACUUACACAAAAAACAAUUACGCGCCUCUGCUCUUUGAAUAAUAGCAACAAAGUGAGCCGAGCUGGGCGGUAAAUGGUAGACCAUCCGUACCGCUCUGCCACAUCUACAUAUUCACUUAACGUGACGUAACAGCGCGGUUUUUUGUUAUUGUUUGGCCUGCUCCCCAAACGUGUGACUAUCAGACUAUCUAUCUAUAUACGAAUUCGAAAUAUAUACACAUGUAUGUAUGUAUCCGAGUGUGGCGUUUUCAUGAACGCGUUCGUGAUCUUUGAAGCAAAACAAAGCUAAAGCUGUCCAUUUCACCGCGAAACGCAGCAUAAGGCAACGGCCCAAUAAUCAUCGGUUUUCUAUGUGUGAAUAUAUACUGAAUACUUAUAUGUGUAUAUAUAUGUAUAACUUAUAACUGAAGACCAAAAUUGCUCACGUAAACCCUAAAGUAUAGACGUGCCUACAUAUACAUUAUUUUUGUGCCGACGUCAUGCCAACAAACAAGCAGUGGCCAGCGUUUUAUGUAAACUGAGAAACAACUUUGAUUCUGGCCAUGUUCAAAUACGGCUGCUAUGGAUCCAAUUUUCUUCUCGCCAACGAAUGGUAUACCGUCAGAGAGUAAACUCGCCACUUAUAUGAAUCGACAGAAUGUCGCCACACCGAGCGGUUAUGGGCUGAAUAACGGGUUCUCACUACUUAAUUUGGAUUCGCCCCUAAAUAAAAAGUCCCAGGUCACGCCGCAGUCGCCCGAGUUCAUUCCAACGCGCAUUAGCUCGACACCCAACUUCUACGCACCAUAUCAUAACGCGCCCAUGCAAUUGAGUAAUGGGCUCAACGGCGUCAAUGGGUUAACAGCCGCCGCCGCAGCAGCAGCAGCCGCAGUUCCCUCCUCCGCGUCAUCGGCGUCCGUCGCCUCGGUGACCAUCAGCAAAACGGCCAACGGCGGCGCCUCCAUGCUCGCCCUGCAAAAGACCGCAUCCAUCGCCACUGUUACCAUCGCACAACAGCAGCCACAGCAUCCACAGCAUCCACAGAAACAGCAACAGCAUCCGCCGUCGGUGGGCGGAGGAGCUGUGUCCGCCGCCUCCGCCCCCAUUGCCAUUAGUGGCGCACCACCGAAUCCCGCCGCAGCUCCGUUCGUCAGCAGCAUGUCUCAAACGCCGCUCAAGGGAAGGGGCGCCAUGAUGCGCCAGGAAUCACCCACGGCAGCUAUGAUUUCGGGCGCAGGACCCGGUGAGAAGUCGCCGCCGCACGGGAUGACGCCGCACGGGGCAUCGCCUAUACCAUCAGCGCUGCCCACCAGCGUUCACCAGGAGAACGUCGGCGGCACCAUAUACUUUUAUCCGACUGCCAACGCACAGAACAGCCAGCCCGUCGUCAAUUCCAUGGUGGUGGACGGAACGCAUCCAGCGCUGCAUGGCGUGAGUGCUGUGGCACCGAUGAGUGCGGGCGUGCCGGCGUCCAUGAUGUACACGGGGCAUGUGUAUCCGGGACCGUCCUCCAACGUGGUCACCUUGCAGCCAAAGACGCUGCUGGAGUCGGCCUUCUUUAUGCCCGACGAGAUGCGCACCGAAGUCCUUGCCCGCAACGAGAUCUCCAACCUGAUUAUGGACGCAGCGGAGGCUGCGCAGCACGCCCUGCCACUGGAGGUGGAGAACUAUCAUGCGUUAUAUCCCCUGGAACCGCCGGCACAGCCGAUGCACGCCAAGCUCACGUUCCCCGCCACCACUUAUAGGGCCACGCACAACACGACGGGCUACAAGUACUGCCUGCGAAGGAUACAUGGCUUCCGCCUGCAGUCAACCAAGUGCAUGACGCUGGUGGAGAUGUGGAAGAAGCUGCAGCACACGAAUGUGGUACAACUGCGUGAGGUGUUCACGACGAAAGCAUUUGGUGAUAACUCUUUAGUAUUAGUGUACGACUACCAUCCCGGCUCACAAACAUUACUGGCCAAAUACUUCACUCCGGCGCCAGAGACCAACGGGUACACUGAUCCAUUCCAAGGCGAGGCCCGCCCCUUCAGUCAUAAGAGUAACAUGCAGCGAACGAGCAAUGGACCCCUGCUACCGGAGGCAACCAUCUGGUCGAUCAUCAUGCAGUUGACCGCCGGCUUAAAAGCCAUCCACCAUGCCGGUCUUGCAUGCAAAGUUCUUGAUCCCACAAAGAUCAUAGUGACGGGCAAGCGUGUACGGUUUAGCUCAUGCUGCAUCUCGGAUAUAACGCAAUUCGAUCCGAAUGCGUCCAAUCCCUUGGCCCUGGUUAAUAUGCAUCAGCAGGACGAUCUGACCGCUCUGGGUCGCUUAGUAUUAGCUUUGGCUUGCCGCUGCCUUCAAUCCGUGCAACGCGACAACGUUCAGUCGAGCAUCGAUAUGGUCACGCGAAACUACUCCACCGAUCUGCGAAACUUCAUUGUUUACCUCUUCACCACCAAUAACCGUCGCUCGGUGACCGACCUAAUGCCGAUGAUUGGUGCCCGCUUCUAUACACAACUGGAUGCCCUGCAGAGCAAAAUUGAUAUGCAGGAGGAUGAGUUGGCCAAAGAGAUGGAAAACGGUCGGCUUUAUCGCAUAUUGGUCAAACUCAACAGCAUCAACGAGCGACCCGACUUUAAUCUGGACUGCACUUGGUCCGAGACUGGUGAUAGAUACAUGUUGAAAUUAUUCCGUGAUUAUUUGUUCCAUUCCGUCACUGAGGAUGGCCGGCCCUGGCUAGAUCACGCACACAUUGUACAAUGCCUCAACAAGCUGGAUGCUGGCUCCAUAGAGCGCGUGCAACUGAUGUCCCGCGACGAGCAAUCGGUACUCAUCGUCUCCUAUGCUGAACUCAAGAAUUGUCUGGAGAACGCCUUCUCCGAACUGAUGUCAAGCGCGGCCAACUGAGCAACUCGAGGGAAAACAAACAGCAAACAAACAGAAAAACACGCGCAGCUCACUUAGCCACCCUCCGCACGACCACAAAACGACUACGAUUUAACGGAUUAGAUACUAAGUGAAACAUUCAUUACGACUAAGACAUUUUGAGAACCAUAAACAAGUAAAAUACGAAGAUGUUUAUUGUUAAGCCAAACCGAAAAAGAAACGUAAAACAAAAAAAAAAAAAUGAAAACCGA